GGUGCCAUACCUGUUGAUACGCAAAAAUGGAGGACGUCAUUGAUCCUGAUAUUGUGGAGAACACCGACUUCCGAGUGGCUUUGGCAGCUGGCGGAGCGGCGGGCACCUCAGUUGACAUCAUCCUGUUCCCCCUGGACACCAUCAAGACAAGGCUACAGUCGGAGCGUGGCUUCUGGAAGUCAGGUGGCUUCCGGGGCAUCUAUUCUGGCCUCUUUUCCGCCGCUGUUGGCUCUGCCCCCACUGCUGCUCUUUUCUUUGUGGCGUACGAGUCGACAAAGACGACAUUCAAUAACAUCACGCAGGAUCGCAGGUACCAGUCGUUUGGUCACAUGAUGGCUGCCUCCAUAGGAGAAGUUUCGGCUUGUUUAAUCCGUGUGCCUGUAGAGGUGGUCAAACAACGGACUCAGGCGUUGGGUACAGGAUCCUCCAUAGCCUCUUUCAAAAAAACACUGAAUAGCGAAGGAUUAGGUGGUUUCUACCGUGGCUACUUCAGUACAGUUCUGCGAGAAGUGCCUUUCUCCAUCAUUCAGUUUCCACUGUGGGAGUACCUCAAGUCGCGCGUCUCCAAACACACAGAGCAGCCAAUCACAGCCCUGCAGUCGUCGCUGUGCGGUGCAACGUCAGGGGCCAUUUCAGCGGCAAUCACAACCCCUCUGGAUGUGGUGAAGACGAGGGUCAUGUUGGCGGAGAAGGGCUCAAGCAUUGCGAAGGGAAGCAUCUCUUUUGUUGUGCAGACCAUCAUCAAGGAAAAAGGUUUCAUGGGACUCUAUGCUGGUAUUGCCCCUAGGGUCAUGUGGAUUUCUAUAGGAGGGUCUGUAUUUUUAGGUGUUUAUGAGAAAGUGAAAAUAACUUUGACACAGAUGUUUAAAGUGUAGCUUUAGUUUUUUUAAAUUGUUGCAAUAUUGUUACACUGUAAUUAGAUUUUACUGAAUUUUUGUUUAUUUACCUUUACAUCUGUAUAGAAUACUUUUCAUCGGCAGCAUGCUCACCUCAUGGUCAGUGCUGACUGUGGGUUGUGAGGCAAUAUCUGUGAGUGGAAUGUCAAAGUUUUCAUUUCAUUUUCUGGUUUGAUUCGGAACAAAGUUGGCGACGGACUUUUUGUUUUGUACUUUAACUUUAAAACAGUGGCUACUUAAAGACAACUUUUCCUAAAAUGAAGAAACAAGAAAGCUCAAGAGUUCAUAAAGUGACAAAGACUAAUGAAUGUGACCCUGAGAAGCAAAAUUUCCGUAGGAGAUAUCUAAUGGAACGUUCCUUUUUUAAGAGACAGAUAGAUAUACUUAUUCAUGGCCUAUGCUUUAAAUGUGUACUUGAAGUACGGUACUAGCUUAAGAUUUUGAUGACUGAUCUGUUAUUUUUAUUUUUUUUAAAUUUAAACAAAGUUUACAAUCUACAUCCGGUCAUGAUGAAAACAUUGCAGUAUUCUUAUCAUUAUAACAUUAGGUGUAAAUUUGUACAUUGGUUUGUUGAAAAUGGUGGAAUGUUUUGACUUGUGUGGAAUUGAAUUUAAUGUGAUCUCUUGAAUACCGGUUCAAUGAUGCAUUCUAUGCUGUAGCAACAAGCAAAAUUUCUUGACACACGUUGACCUUUCCUGCCUUCCUGGCACUGUUGAUGUACACUGAACCAGGCCAGUGCUCGGAAGUUUGCGUUAGAUUCUCAGUGAGGUUGGACAAUGGGCCAAACUGUCCACUUUUGAAACAAACUAAAUUGUAUCAAAAACAGAUUAUAACCUCUGUACUGUAUGGAAGAUAUUUCCUAGAUUGCUUUCAGGAAAAAAUUUUUUUACAUUUGUAUGUGAGUAUAUCUGUCAUUUUUUAUUUUUAUGGGAAUGUGACAGUCUAAAUUUUAGACAGUACUUUGUUGUCUAAAUUUGUCCAAGAAUACGGGAUAGUAAAUCAUAGGUGAUAGAUCGAUCCAGGUUUGUUGUUUUUGGUGUAUUUAGAUGUUCAGUUAAGCUGUUCAUGUAGUACAUUUGUUGGAUUGUAUUGUUCCCAUUUGUGAUCUAUUUUCUAGUAAUCAGAUUGCUUAUGAAGUUUGUGGAAUAAAAGCAGGUUAUGCGACUAAGAAGGAAAAUAUGGUAGUCUAUUUUAACUUUGUUACACUUCCUCUUCAAAAUGUGAUCUUGGUUUGAUUGACCAGAGACUGAGUCAUAUUUAUUUUUGAUUAAGUGCUUCAUGUAUGGUUUAGUUUAAGUAGUACAUAUCUUGUGCGGCAACGAAUGACUGAACUGAUCCUUGUAAUUAAAAAUUAAUCGGAUUUUACAAAAUA